AUGGAGUCCCCAAUACAAGCACAUCCCGAUCAAAACUACAAUAGCAACAUUCAGCAUCAUCAGCAUCACCAUCACCAUAUCAGCAGCAAUAACAGUAAUGAUGCCGCUACUCAUGCCAUGAUGAGACCCAGACGAGUGAUUGGCAAGUUUUUUCUAUCCAAGACGCUGGGUAAAGGAUCCAUGGGAAAGGUGAAAUUAGCAUUAAAUACCGAGACAAAUGAAAAGGCAACUGUCAAGAUUGUUCCCCGUAGACUCACAUUAAACAAGCCAACACCGCCCACAAAGAAAGAACGAGAUGUCGAAAUCAGUCGAGAAAUCCGUACAAUCCGAGAAGCCAACAUCAUGCUCCUGCUGGAUCACCCUUUCAUUGCUCGACUAGAUGAAAUGGUGUUGGUGGACAACUUUUAUUACUUGUUUAUGGAAUACGUAGAUGGUGGUCAGUUGUUGGAUUACAUCAUUUCACACGGUAAACUUAAAGAGAGACAAGCCAGACAAUUUGCUAGACAGAUUGCGAGUGCAUUAGACUACUGUCAUCGCAAUUCCAUUGUACAUCGAGAUCUCAAGGUGGAGAACAUUUUGAUCUCUCGGACUGGUACCAUCAAAAUCGUUGAUUUCGGCCUAUCCAAUGUAUUCUCUCCUCACUCUCAUCUGUCCACAUUUUGCGGCUCACUCUACUUUGCUGCGCCCGAGCUGUUGGAUGGUCGUAUGUACACGGGCCCUGAAGUCGAUGUCUGGAGUUUUGGUGUAGUACUGUACGUAUUGGUGGUAGGUCAAGUGCCAUUUGACGAUCCCUCCAUGGCAGGCAUGCACGCCAAAGUGAAGCAAGGCCAUGUAGAGUAUCCUGGACACCUGUCAUCUGACUGCAAAAGCUUAUUACAACGCAUGUUGGUGACACAUCGAAAACAGAGAGCGACCAUGUCGGAGGUCAUUGUACAUCCUUGGAUGAACAAAGGCUACGAUGCUCCAGUAGAAAACUACUUGCCCAAACGGAAACCACUUCAACUGCCCAUUGAUAUGAAUGUGGUGCGUGGUAUGCAAGGGUUUGAGUUUGGUACAGAAGAAGCCAUCAAAAGCGAACUUGAAGCCAUCAUUACCUCUGAAGCAUAUCAAUCCAGUGCUAGACAAGUAGAGCUGAUGUCAGAGCAACCCUUCGAGGAGGCGCCUUGCAGCCAUUUGCUUAGGCGAAGAUCAUUUUCCUAUGCCCUGAAUGAUCCUCAGUCCAUACCUGCUGCCUAUCAUCCCCUGGUCUCCAUCUACUAUUUAGUGCAAGAACGCAUGCAAAGAGAUGCUCUGGCCAAGAGACAGAUGGAUCAACAGGAAUAUCUGUCAGAUGGUUCAUCCAAGUACGAAGAAGGUACCAUUGGCGUCUCCUACACAGUACAUGGCAAGACGCACGUUCAACAACAAACUACACAGCAGGAGCAGGCUGUUGUCAAUCAUGCCUUGGAUGUAGUUCCUCUUUCGCCAAACAUCUCCCCUGAUUUUGGACGCGGGCAUCGCAGACAGAUAUCAGACGCAUCAGCCACAUCGACCCUCUCUGCAUCCACGUCUACUUCCACGAGUGGAUCCACCAACAAGCCUAAUAUUUUCCGUCGUCUUGGUCGUCGAUUGAGCAGACAUCAUCAACCAGAAGAGAAGGAGGAGGUAGAUGGACCUUUGGCGAAUACAAGACAAGGCAGACGUGAUUCAGGCGCAGUGCCAGUAAUCAUCACCAAGCAAACGGCCAUGGAAGAUGCCCCCACUGUUACUCUGAAUGGUUCUCCUGUUCUUGUUGAACAGCACUCCUUAUCAGAUGCACGCAAUGUGAGCGACGACGGUAGAUUGAGCAAAAAGUUCAACGGCCUGUUGAAAAGAGCUACUUCAGUUACAGUCAAAGAUUUGCCAUCCAGACAACAUGACACCGAGCACAAAACAACAACAGCAGCAAAGCACUUUGAUCGUCGUCCAUCCUCAGUAGUGGAGCGUCGAGGACCUGCCAGUUUAUCAGCAGGUCAAGAUGAAGAAGUAAGAAGACGACAACAUCAGCAUCCACAAGACAGAGCUAUUUCUGCUCUAUUGACACUGCCCACUAGUGAUCCCGUGCUUGCAGUAGACGAAGAGGAACAUGUGCAUCUUGACAAAAGACAGAAAGCAGACGAUGCUGUGAAAUCUGUGUAUCUAAAGGGAUUGUUCUCUGUAGCGACGACAUCCAACAAGAAAGCAUCUGUCAUUCGCCAAGAAAUCAUUCGUACCUUGAACAAGAAGAGCAUUUUGUACCGUGAAAAGAGGGAUCGAUUCGAGUGCUCUAUGGGUGGAGACAUGAUCUCGGAUGAUGAUGACACGAUGGAUACCAGUAAGGACCCUUUAGCUGUGCGAUUUGACAUUUACAUUGUCAAGAUACCCCUAUUGUGGGGUAUGCGUGGUGUGCGAUUUAGACGGGUCAGUGGGGAUCCUUGGAGAUAUAAAAAUACCUGUAGCAUGAUUUUGGAUAGCUUGAAUUUAUAA